AUGGUGGCUGGGCCUUUCCUAGACUCCCCCUUCUCUUGGGCUUGUUGGCAUCCCCUGUUCUUCCUUGCCCUGGAGGCCCUUCUGACGGGAUCCAGCUGGAGCUGCCCUUCCAGGUGCCACUGCUCCUCCCAGGACAGGUCUGUCUUCUGCAACCGCCGGCGCCUGACCACCGUGCCGGGCGGGAUCCCCCCAGAGUCUGAGCUCCUGGACCUGAGCAAGAACCGGAUCAGGACCUUACACCAGGGCAUGUUCUCCCGCCUGCAGCCCUUGAAGGAGCUGGACCUGAGCGAGAACAUCAUCUCCAACAUCGAGCCCGGAGCCUUUAACAGCCUGCAGAAGCUGAUGACCCUGAGGCUGAAGAGUAACCAGCUGAAAAUCGUCCCCCCUGGAAUCUUCACCGGCCUCCCUAACCUCACCAUCCUUGACAUCAGCGAGAACAAGAUCGUCAUCUUCCUGGACCACUCCUUCAAAGACUUGUUCCACCUUAGGAAGCUGGAGGCCGGGGACAACCACCUGGUCUUCAUCUCACCGCAAGCCUUCAGCGGGCUCCUCCGCCUGCAGCAGCUCACCCUGGAGAAGUGCAACUUGACGAGCGUGCCCCAGCUCGCCCUCUCCCAGCUUCACCACCUGGUCGAGCUCCGGUUCCAGGUGCUCAACAUCAGCGUCCUCCACAACUACUCCUUCCAGAGGCUGCACCGUUUGAACGUGCUGGAGAUCAACCGCUGGCCUUUCCUGGCGACGCUGGAGCCCCGCAGCCUCUUGGGACUGAACUUGACCUCCUUGUCCAUCACCAAGUGCAACCUCAGCGCCGUCCCUUACGAGGCGUUCAGGCAUUUGGUUUAUCUCCAGUACCUGGAUCUCUCCCACAACCCCAUCUCGGAGAUCCCUGGCAAGAGGCUGAGCGACCUUUCACGCCUUCAGGAAUUCCACCUCUCCGGAGGCAGGCUGGCCACCAUCGCCACCAGUGCCUUCCAAGGACUCAACUCCUUCCGGCUGCUCAAUGUCUCGGGCAACGCCCUGAGGACCUUGGAAGAAGGGGUCUUCCACUCGGUGGGGAACCUGGAGAUCCUGCGGUUAGACAGGAACCCCCUGGCCUGUGACUGCCGGCUCCUAUGGAUUAUCCGAAGGCGACGCAGGCUUAACUUCGGAGGGCAGCAGCCCGCCUGCGCCAGCCCCACGACGGUCAAAGGGAAAGUCUUCAAGGACUUCUCCGACGUCCUCCUGCCCAGUCACUUCACCUGCAGGAAGUCUAAGAUCCCAGACAAGACGCCUCAGCAGGUGAGCGUGGAAGAGGGGGGCAAAGCAACCCUGAGCUGCAAGGGCGAAGGGGAUCCACACCCCAUCGUCUACUGGGUGUCACCUCAUAACAUCCGCCUGGAUUCCAACCACAAGGGGCGGAUGAGGGUCUUCGCAGAUGGCACCUUGGAGAUUGACUAUGCCUUAGCCCAGGACAGCGGCACCUACCACUGCGUUGCCAGCAACGUAGCAGGGAACGACACGUUGCUGGCGCACCUGCGCGUGAGCAAGCCCUCCGCCCAGUUGGGCAACGACUCCUUCCUGUUCUCCAACAGUUCGGAGGCCUUCCAGCCGUCCCUCAUCAACGUGGGCACGCUGGUGGGAGUCUUGGCCAUGGGCAUCCUGCCGUUCCUCAGCUCGGUCGCCGUCUGUUUCGUCUUCAUCUUCUUCUGGAGCAAGAGCAAAGGGAAGGUCAAGCAUCACGCCACCUUCGAGUUCGUCCCUCACUAUCCCCACGCGGCCUGGAACAAGCCACGCAGCAGCGGCGGCGGCGGCAAGUUUGCCAUGAAACUCAUGUGACGAAGGGGCCAUUUUCUCGCCUCGGGCCCCCAUAGCUUUGUAAACCCGGAAACGAAAAAUGCAGAGAACUUACAAAAUUGGUUCAUCUUUGUGAGCUGCCGAUGCCGGCACCACUCUCCACCUGUGUAGCAGCGCGGGGGGCCGGGGAGUCUUGUGGUCAACAUGAAGCAGAGAUCGUUUAUAGUGGACCUUUUUGGCCGAUUCUCAGGGACCUGGCGAAGAUACCGGUGCAGGUUUGGUGCAAAGAUUACAUGCUAAGGCAGAAGCUAGAGGCUUGGUGGCAUGGGGAGUUGGGCCUGGACUAUGCAGCCUUUCAUCUCUAGGUCACUGGUUCUAACACUGCCUAGGUUGGCAGGGGCUGGAGAACUGGGGACUUCUGGGGUGUGGUGAAGUUCCCAGGGGGGCAGCGGUCACAUCUCGAUAACUGGACGAGCCAUGGUCCUAACUCCAGGAAGUGGGCAGGUUUGAGGUGUGUUGGCUGGGCAGCAUGGGGGGAAAACAUAAAUGUCCCACAGCUGUGGAGAGAGGACGUGUCCUAACGGAGCGAGGUAGAGAAGGAAGGACCUUGGGGAAUGUCGUAAGAUCAUGACUCCUUCCCCUGGAGUGGAACAGCUCUCACACCAUGGCAGAAAAUAAUAAGAUGGUCUAAGCGGGGUAAUUUUUCAGGGGUUUGGGCAGUUCUGCUAUAAAAUGAUGGUGGUAAACCGGGGAAGGGUUAAAAAUUGGAAGCAUCUUUGCCAGGCCUGGAGUCAUCUUUGUCCCUGAAAUCACCCAGAUCCUUAAUGGGCUCCCAGAGGGGAGACACAAUGCUCAUCUUUCCCCUCCCCCCGGUCCCUUUUACAACCUCUCAAUCUGCAGUGAAUUAUUCAUGUCAGGCAAAAACCAAGCGUGCUGCUCAAGGCAAUCUAUUAAAACCACUGUGG